AUGGACCGCUUGAUCCCUUCGCCCCACAACUCUAUGACCGUCGCGGCGCCUGUGUUCAUGCUUGUGCUCAGCAUGGCCAACCUCUUCCCCAAUGAUGCCAAAAUCUGGCUUCCACUCACGCGAGAGGGCAACUACACCCAAGUCUGCCUUGGCGCGUUUGACAGCCUGUCCUUCACGAAGUGGUACACAUCCAAGAUCGUGCGGUAUGUCUUGGCCGUUAUAGCGUGCGACUCGAGCCGGGUCGCGAGGAGACAGGUCGCGCGGAAAGCAGGGCGCAGUCUAGCGUUGUUCGUAGCUGUGGGCGAAUCAAGGGGAGGAGGAUCCAAGGGCGACGAGAGCAGGCCGACAUUGAUUGAGGAGAACAGCACUGGACAGCCCGCGGAUGAGAAGAGGGAGAAGGGCGAGGUUGAUGUGCUCAUCAAGGCGUUGCGCAAGGACGACAAAAUCGGCAAGGGCGAAGCUCUACGCGAGAUUUUCCUACCGCUCGCGCUCGACCCGAACACCGACGCGGAGGUGCGCUGGAGCGUGCUCGUCAAAGGAAGCGAAGAGGCCCCGUCCAAAUUCACCGUCGCGUCUGCAGCCAUUCCGACAGUCAAGGUCCCUGUGAAGAAGGCGGGCACGCCGGUGCUGCCCAGCAUCAAGCUCAAGCUGCCAACGAUGCCGCAGAAGCCUGUUGAGCCGGCACCUACCAGUCCUUCCGUGUUGCCCAGUGUACCUGUGGUUAGGUUGCCGGCGCCGAGAGUGGAGUUCAGCAAGUCACAGCCGGUGUCUUUGGUGCCUGCUCCGGCACCCGUGCUGAAGAAGCCUAGGGCGCUUCCGCCACCUGCGCCACCUGCGUCCGUAGUUUUGCCUUCCAAUUCUCGUCCGCCGAUGUCUAGCCCGAAGACGCAGAGUGAUGGGAUUGGCAUCGUCGAUCUCAAGGCAACGAGCUCAGUCCUGCAGAAGUUCACACAGCACAAGGCCGCCACUCUCUUUUCUGCCAGCCCGUCGACCCACCGGGCCUUAUCCCAACCGAUUCCCAUUCGAGGCCGACUUCAAGCUCAAGCGCUCAUGGUCCGCACCGCGAAAGAGGCGAGCAAGUUGGAGGGCUAUUUUGAGGCGCAGUGGAGUCGGAUGAGCAAGACGAUUGAGAAGGCUCAGCCGGUUGUUCAUGCUAUGGCACAGAGGGUGAUGCCGCCGCCGCCUGUUCUUAUGCCUAUCGAGGCGCCGGAGGAAGCUUCCAGGCCACCUGUUGCGGCGCCUGUCCCCGCUCCUGCUUCCAAGCUGAGGGGAAGGCCACCGGAUAAUAGUACGUCUGACGCUGGGGUACCGAGGCUGAAGUUGAAGAUCGGAGGUGUGGGCACGCAAAUCGCUGGUCCGUAG